CCAAGGGCUUGGAGCUGAACUGACAGCAUGAAGGCCCUCCUGGCCGUGCCGCUGUUCCUGCUUCUCUCCAUGCCGCCCUGUGCACCCCAGGCUUCUGGGAUCCGGGGAGAUGCUCUAGAAAAAUCUUGCCUUCAGCAACCCCUGGAUUGCGAUGACAUCUAUGCCCAGGGCUACCAGGCAGAUGGCGUCUACCUGAUCUACCCCUCUGGCCCCAGCGUGCCUGUGCCCGUCUUCUGUGAUAUGACCACCGAGGGCGGGAAGUGGACGAUUUUCCAGAAACGAUUCAACGGCUCUGUGAGUUUCUUCCGGGGCUGGAACGACUACAAGCUGGGUUUUGGCCGCGCUGAUGGGGAGUACUGGCUAGGCCUGCAGAACCUGCACCUCCUGACACUGAAACAGAAGUAUGAGCUGCGCGUGGACUUGGAGGACUUUGAGAACAACACAGCCUACGCCAAGUAUGUCGACUUUUCCAUCUCACCCAAUGCUGUCAGUGCAGAGGAGGAUGGCUAUACCCUCUACGUGGCAGGCUUUGAGGAUGGCGGCGCAGGUGACUCCCUGUCCUACCACAGUGGCCAGAAAUUCUCCACCUUUGACCGGGACCAGGACCUCUUUGUGCAGAACUGUGCAGCCCUCUCCUCAGGAGCCUUCUGGUUCCGCAGCUGCCACUUCGCCAAUCUUAAUGGCUUCUACCUGGGUGGUGCCCACCUUUCCUAUGCCAAUGGCAUCAACUGGGCCCAGUGGAAGGGCUUUUACUACUCCCUCAAGCGCACUGAGAUGAAAAUUCGCAGGGCCUAAGGCGCUGACAUCUAUCAGGCCCCACCCUCUUCUGGAUAUUCUAGCAGCUUUCCAUGAGUGCUCUCCCCACUUUCCCUGUCUUGCCCCACCCAAAGCCCCCCAUCUGUCUACUCUGUCUCUCAGCACCUGCUUCUCAGUGUGCCUUGUGGCUCUAGCCCCAGUUGGUCCCAUCCCACAGCCAGCUACAAGACAGGACACUGGUCCCUCAACCCAAGGCAACAUGGCCCAACCUGGCAAUGGCCCAACUGCCCCAUCCUGAGCUCCACAAUGCUUGAGUUGCCAGUAUCCUUGUCCACAGGUUGAGAGCUAGUUCUGUUCUCCAGGCUGUGACUCUCAGAACUCCAAAUUAGCCCAGCGUCCAUGACAUGGACUGCUGAGGCCACCCUAGCUGGCUCAACUUAAUUGAUCCAGUUUGACCAAUAUCCACACCACAUGCCAGGUCUUACCGCAGCAUUCCCUCCAGCUGCAGAGUAUCUCCCCUUCUUGUUUCCUUCCUACCCACUUAUUACUCAGGAGUGAGCACCAUGGAUCACGCCACCCCAACCCUAUCUAUUGUACUCAGCUUCCCUUGCCUGUCUAUUCUAGAUCCCAAAACUCCAUGCUGAGACUCUAUUUUACCACAACUAUUGGACACCACUCCCAAGCAGCCACAACCAAGGUAGGCCUAGAGCCAAGGUCCACCUGUCCUCUCACCAUCACCACCAUGCCUGCCUGCCACCUCCCCAAACAGGUUUGACUGUGGAGGGGCAGAAGGCAACCUUUGUGGGGGCUUGAAGCAAGUAGGGA